AUUUACGAAUAUUUUACGAAAUCAACUGGUAGCCGCCACAUCGGACCGGAGAGCCCUACGUCACAUUGUUAUACACACCGAAUCGAAGCAGCUGCCGCCGAAAAAUCAAUACCUUACCAAACUUCUACGUGGACGGUUGAAAACGCUUAGAAACGCGCAAUAUGCUUACCCGUUCGCCAACUGCUCACGUGUUGGUUGGGGUGCUCCUAGUCCUUUCAAGUGGCUAUCAGGUGGAGUCCUAUGGCUCUAAGGACAUUUUAGCAGAUGCCCUGCUGACGGAUUUGCUCAAUCGUAUGGACAACGAUAUGCAGGUGGGCUAUUACGACGUGGACAACGAAGCAGCUGCUGGCCCCAAGGAUAAUGUUGACCUGGUCUCCCGAUCGGAGUACGCCAGGUUGUGUGAUGGCGGAAGCGACUGCAUCCUGCCCUCGGGAGCAGGUUCCAAUCCUUCGCUAAGGGACCACGAGUUCAUGCAGCACAGCUCGCUAUGGGGUCACCAAUUCAUCUCUGGAGGAAUGGGAGAGGGUCCAAAUAGGUAUCCAACCAUUGUGAAGAACGAUGCUGGCCUGCCUGCCUACUGUAACCCCCCUAAUCCGUGUCCUGAAGGUUACGAUAUGGCGACCCAAGGAGGCAGCUGCAUUGUGGAUUUCGAGAACACGGCCAUCUUUAGUCGUGAGUUCCAGGCUGCUCAGGACUGCACCUGCGACAACGAGCAUAUGUUCGACUGCUCGGAUCAGGAUAGUGCGGAUACGGGAUCGGAGAAGAGUGACUUGAACUCCGCUGUGGAGCAGUACAUUCUUCAGAUGGGCCAGGAGAACAGCCUCAACAAUGUCAACAGCCUGGUGAAGAAGGCGGGAUAUCCUGCAAUGCCCGAUCCGCGUAUGGAGCCUGCGAAUCCGUUCCUCCAGGGCGAUCGCCUUCCCAUCGCCGCCAAGAAGGGCAACCUGCUCUUCCACUAAACUAGCUCGCUGAUACCUCGAGCUUAUUCGACCAUACCUACAUCGUUUUCCGUACUGGGUGUCUAAUUCUAUUACCUAUUAUAGUUGGUUAUCAAUGUUGUCCCGCAACCAAAGUCUAGUAAUGUUCCUUUCUUCCCCGCAGAUAAAGUUAUUCAUAUUAAACAUAGGCUCUAAGCCGAAUACAAA